CCAUAUCUAAACCAAAAAAUCCGAAAGGAAAGACAUCUUAUCUACUGAGAAACAGGUUUGCUCUCUCCUCCAGCAUCUGCAUCUUCUUCUUAUUCUUCUUCUUCUUCUUCUCCUUUCUCGGCACACAAGACAGUACAGCCAUGGAGAGCAGAGGAGACUGCGAUAACUAACUGAAUUCCAACCUUAGAAAUGGCCUUCGUAACUUCAAAAGUAGCAGAAUUGCCGCUUAAAUCCUCAUUCCCACUCUCAUCGUACACCCACUCCUCUUCCCUCAGUCUCCUUUAUUCAUCUCCAAAACCCUCAUUUCGCUUUCUCAAGCCCUUCUCCGUUUUCUGCACCGCAAGAAUCUUUAACUCCGGCGGCUACUUUCACUCCUGGGAUAAUCAAGCUUUUGAACCACCCAAGUAUGCUGCCUCCUCUCUCCGCGCCUUGCCAUCGUCUUCCCGUCCGUACGAAGCUGUCAAGGAGGUGGCCACUCAAUCCAGCGGCAGCUGUGAUAAGGAAACGCAGAAUCGCUAUUUGAGUAAAGACAAAGGGCAGAAUGCAAUUGAGAGGAUUGUUCUCAGAUUGCGGAACCUGGGAUUAGGAUCAGAUGGUGAGGAGGAGGAAGAGGAAACGGAUUGUGGUGGUGUGGGUCCAGUUACUGGAGAGGAGAGGCUAGGUGAUUUGUUGAAGAGAGAAUGGGUCCGGCCUGAUACAAUGCUGAUAGAGAGACAGAAAGAGGAAGAUAGAGAAGAGGGAUUAUUGCCAUGGGAGCGAGACGAGCAGGAGGGUUUAGGAGUGAAGAAGAGGAGAGUCAGGGCUCCUACAUUGGCGGAGCUUACAAUUGAGGAUGAGGAGCUGAGGAGGCUUAGGAGGAAUGGGAUGUAUCUGAGGGAGAGGAUCAACGUGCCCAAAGCGGGGAUCACACAGGCUGUUUUGGAGAAGAUUUAUGAUAGGUGGAGGAAGGAGGAGCUGGUUCGGCUUAAGUUUCAUGAGGUUCUUGCCUGCGAUAUGAAGACCGCCCACCAGGUUGUUGAGCGUCGUACUGGAGGCUUAGUUAUAUGGAGAUCAGGAAGUGUGAUGGUGGUUUUCCGUGGAAGUAACUAUGAGGGACCUUCUUCCAAAUCCAAAGCAGUUGAUAAAGAGGGAGAAGCGCUUUUUGUCCCAGAUGUUUCUUCUGCAAGAAAUGCAGUAAUGACAAGUGACAAUGAUGCUGCUUCAACAUCAACUCCAGAAAAGAGUGUACUAGCUGUGAAGAAACUAGACCUCAAAGAUAGCAUGACUGAAGAGGAAGCAGAGUGCAACAGCUUACUAGAUGGUUUAGGUCCUCGUUUUGUUGAGUGGUGGGGUACAGGAGUACUUCCAGUUGAUGCUGAUCUUCUUCCUGAAAAGGUUCCAGGUUAUAAAACACCUUUUAGGCUUCUUCCUGCUGGAAUGAGGUCACGCCUAACCAAUGCAGAGAUGACAAAUUUAAGGAAACUUGCUAAAUCACUUCCUUGUCAUUUUGCCCUCGGGAGGAACAGAAACCAUCAGGGAUUGGCAGUUGCAAUACUUAAACUCUGGGAGAAAAGCCUAGUUGCAAAAGUUGCUGUGAAACGAGGUAUUCAGAAUACAAAUAACAAGCUUAUGGCUGAGGAGCUAAGGACAUUAACUGGAGGUGUCUUGCUGCUAAGAAACAAGUAUUUCAUUGUCAUAUACCGUGGAAAGGAUUUCCUUCCAACAACUGUAGCUGCUGCUUUAACAGAAAGACAAGAGAUGACAAAACAAAUUCAAGACGUUGAGGAGAAAGCUCGUACUGGAGCAAUUGGAGCAGCACCCUCUGAUGAAAAUAAAGGACAGGCGCUUGCAGGUACUUUAGCUGAGUUCUAUGAAGCUCAAGCCCGGUGGGGAAGAGAGAUAUCUUCUCAAGAACAUGAAAAGAUGAUUGAAGAAGCUUCCAAAGCUAAGAGUGUCAGACUUGUCAAACGUAUUGAACAUAAACUAUUUGUUGCCCAAGCCAAAAAGCUUAGAGCAGAAAAGCUUUUAGCAAAAAUAGAAGCCUCUAUGGUUCCUGCCACUCCUGAUUAUGACCAAGAAACAAUUACUGAUGAGGAGCGGGUUAUGUUUCGCAGAGUUGGUUUAAGAAUGAAGGCAUACUUACCUCUUGGUGUUCGUGGUGUUUUUGAUGGUGUCAUUGAAAACAUGCACUUGCAUUGGAAGCACAGAGAACUUGUGAAGCUAAUAACUAAACAGAAGACCCUUGCAUUUGUUGAAGAUACAGCAAGGUUAUUGGAGUAUGAGAGUGGAGGGAUACUGGUUGCAAUAGAAAAGGUGCCCAAAGGAUAUGCUCUCAUUUACUAUCGUGGAAAGAAUUACCGCCGGCCCAUUAGCCUGAGGCCUAGAAACCUACUGAACAAGGCAAAGGCAUUAAAGCACUCGGUAGCAAUGCAGCGUCAUGAGGCUCUCACUCAGCACAUUUCUGAGCUGGAGAGAACCAUAGAGGAAAUGAAAGAGGAAAUUGGUGUCUGUCAAGAUGAAGAGGAUGCUUACAACCCUAGUUCACGACAAUAUGACCAGUUUGAUCCUGUCUCGGAAUUUUCCCAAAGUGAGGAUGAAGCUUCAUAUAUGGCCUCUGAUGAUGAUGCUGACUUUGACAAUAAUGAGAUUAAUGAUGAUGGUGAUAAUGAUGACGUUUAUUGGGAUGCUGAUGAACAAGAUACAAGUCUUUCAAGAUUUUAAGAACUAUAAAGUGACUGGAUGUGGGUUUUGUUCUCCUCAGCCGUUGGAGGUCUUAUGAAUCCAAAAGUAGCAGGCAUAAGCGCCUUUGUUGAUAAAGGGUCGUGCAUUCGUAUCAAUCUAUGUCCUCAUUCCACUGAGAUGGAACAAUUAGAUGGCUAUAUUCCAGGUGCAGAUGAUUUUAAAUGAAUGCAUGGCUUGGGCUUCAUCCUGGGCAAAUAUUGCACCAACUGCGAGAACUGGUUUAUGCCCUGCAGUCUCUUCAUCUAACCAUUGAGGUUCUUCUAUUUGCUUUUUGUUUCAUUUUUCUGAGCCUUGAUGUUAACACAAGCUUCGUCAUUCCUGUCCUAGGCAUCAGCUUCGUUCAAAGGGACUUCUUAGAUUUCAUGAAUCAUUUGUAACAGCAUGUUUAUAAUAGCUUCAAUACAUGAUCUGAAAAGGG